UAACUUAAACCAUUUUGCUAAGUAGGAUUUUUGAAAAUACAUAUGAUAUACCUUAAACAUAUUGUUAUAUUUUAAUCAGUGUAUUUAUAUUACAAAUGUUUUUCUUAUAGUACCCGCACAUCCGUCUAUCUGUAGACACACCCAGAUAUAAUUUGUUAUUUUUUUAAAUUUUAAACUCCCCUUAAAAUUGAGGGAAACCUUGACCUCUGCACAUUGAUUUUUACUAAUUUAAAUGGUUUUAAAUGUUUAUUCUAUAUUGAAGCAUUACAUAGUAGUACCAUUAUAUUUGUUAUAAAACAAUAUUUUGGGAAUAACGUUUUUGUUUUAUAAACGACGUGUUUUAAUGCUCGACUUACAUUAGGUUAAAGUAUAAUUACUUCAAUUAUUCCCUUUUUUCUGAAAACUUAAAACAUAAAACAGUGCAAUUUAGAAGUAAACAUGUCCGUCAAUCAGAAUACGCCGUAUAAUAAAAUUCAAAAAGCAAAAAGAGGAUCACUAAACCGUCCUCAGAGUGCUGCUAUCAUGGAUAGUGAUUUUUCAACUGGAUUCAGAAGCGAUAUUGAAAACGAUUCGUUAUCCCUGGCUUACAAAAGCAGACUACAUGCACUCUUUAUGCAAAUUGAGAAAGAAUUUGAUUUACUUUAUCAAGAGAAUUUGAAUUUGCAAGAGAAGAUUGAAAUACUAAAUGAGAAGUUAGAAAAAGAUACAUUUGACAAACCUGAUUGUCCAGAUCUUGAAAACAAUUUUUCCAAAGUGCUCACCAAGAAAUUGAGUUCCUCAUCUCAGAAAUCUAAAACAGCUCAUAAACUUAAGGCUCAAACAAGUAAAAUUGUCUCAAGUUUUAAAGCUCCAAACUAUAGCUGUGGUUUGAUUAAAGAAUAUUUAGGGCAUAAAGAUGGAGUUUGGGAGGUAUCUGUAGCUAGACCAGGGAUUCCUGCAAUUGGCACUGCAUCAGCAGAUCAUACUGCUUGUAUAUGGAGUAUUGAAUCUACCAGAUGUCUGCUCCAAUACCAAGGUCACUCUGGCUCAGUCAAUUCCAUUAGAUUUCACCCUUCUAAAGAUUUUGUUCUCACUGGAGGUGGAGACUGUGUUGCUCAUAUUUGGCAAGCAGCUUUAAAUUGGGAUUUGCCCAAAGGGCACUCGUCUGAAGAAGAAUUAGAAGAUGGUAAUGAUACUUUAGGAGCAGGAGACGAUACUUCUGAUGUAGGAAGCUGUCAACGAGUACCCACAUUGAGGACUCCUAUAGGAGAAUUGAUAGGUCAUUCAGGUGCUGUUGCUGCAGCUGAGUGGUUAACAGGUGCUGAAAUGGUUAUAACAGCUUCAUGGGAUCGAUCAGCUAUAUUGCAUGAUGUUGAAACUGGAUCACAAAUUGUCACACUUUCAGGUCAUGAUCAGGAAUUGACACACACUGCUAGUCACCCUACUCAGAAACUAGCAGUAACAUCAUCUAGAGAUACAACUUUCAGACUUUGGGACUUCAGGGAAACUGUGCAUGCUGUUUCAGUUUUCCAAGGACAUACUGAGAGCGUUACUUCUGCAGUAUUUACAAGAGAAGACAAGGUAGUAUCGGGUUCGGACGAUCGUAGCGUGAAAGUGUGGGACUUGCGCAAUAUGCGAUCUCCUGUUGCAACAAUAAGAGUUGACUCUGCCGUUAACCGACUUUCGGUUUCUUCAAAUGGUAUUAUUGCCAUUCCUCAUGACAAUAGACAUAUUCGUUUAUUUGAUUUAAAUGGCGCCAGAUUAGCUAGAUUGCCCAGAUCAAGUCGUCAAGGUCACAACAGAAUGGUGGCUGGCACUGCAUGGGCUGAUGAAACACUGGGAGGAGUUAAUUUAUUGACAUGUGGUUUUGACAGGAGAGUAUUAGGAUGGUCUGUAGCGUCGUUGAAAGAUAUAUAAAGGGGUCUAAAUCAUUCGGCAGUAUUUCUUUAUAUAUGUGAUACAACAAUUAUUAUGAGAUUUAGGAAGUUAAAUAUUCGAAUCAAUUAAAAAAUAUAUUUAGGAACAAAAAAUCGAUUGUAGAGGGAAAGCUUGUAGAGUGGGCGCAUUUUAAGAAGGAGACAGGAGACAGGACCAAUGUUUUGCCAAUGAACGCCUAGACAGUGCCGCGCGAAAUAAUUCGAAAUAUUAUUUUAUAGUGUUAGAAUAAAAAUAACAAAGCUCACGCUCAUGGGUCACUAUGCAUUAGUGUCAUUGAUAGCACUCCUUGUUUUUUUUAAAAUGUGCCCACUCUAUAAUAUUAAAUACCAUUAAAGGAAACUGACCUAUACCAGGCCUAACCCUCCGUUUAUAUACAGUGUGAUCAAAGAGUUGUACAUUUUUAAUUGGAAAUAACAAAAGUGUGGGUUUACAUGCAUCUCUCAUUAAUCGUCCAUAGCAUAGAUAAAGGAAAUAAGAUUGGAAUAAUUUAGAUUGGAAUGCUCGGCUUCCCGCCAAAACAUAUAAUUGUUUUGGUUUGGGUUGGGUUGUCGCGAUCUGGCGCUGCUUGCUGCUGGUUGCUAAGAACAAUCGCAAACAAGAACAGAAAUAAUUUUCUCUUGUCAAAAUCAGAAUCUUCAAAAAUUAUAAAAUCUUUCAAAAUUUAAACCGCCCUCAUUGAAAAAAGACCGAAAAGUGUUUAACAUGUCUAAAGUUAUUAUCUAUCUCUAGUGCGUUAAAUUUAAAUUUUCUUUAUCUAAACCCGUGAUAUUUGUGAAAAAGUGGCAUUAAAAAAACUUACCAGGCUGUGUGAACUGUGAACUCCAAUUACCAUCGUGGCAUAACGUCGGUUUCAAUGUUCCGUAGGUAUUCCAUACAAGUUUCUUAUAUGCAACAUACUAUUUUAUUUAUAAAAUUAAAAGAAAAUAAUAAUAAAUUUGAAUAAACAAUAUCUGGCGACAUAAUUCCGGAGACAGCCGAACCGCUCCGAAAUGAUCAAAAGCUUUGGAUCGCGACCGUUGUAAGAAUAUAUUUACAUUGAUCUUAUGGGUACUUACCAAUCUAAACUUGUUUUCUUUAUCUAUGGUCCAUAGUUCCGUCACUCCAAUCAUAUUUAAAUAUAGGCUGUCAUUUUUGAAAUAAACAAAUACAACCUUU